GCGCAGAGGGUCGCAGAGCCGCCAUGCCGGAGCCGCGCGGGUCGUCACCCCUUCGGGUAAACGCGGCGUUUGCCGCACGGUACGGCCGCUACCGGGAGCGUGAGGAGCUGCAGCGGCUUAAAGAUCGCUACGGUGACCAAGACAGUGGCGGUGACUCCAGUUCUGAGUCUGACUCUAGCGACGAGCGCGUGGAAUUUGACCCCCAGCAAGAGCGUGACUUUUACAGAACCCUCUCCUUGUUGAAGAAGAAGGACCCCCGUAUUUAUCAGAAAGAUGCCACCUUCUAUCAGAAAACAGCAUCCUCCUCAGAGAGCGAGGAGGCACCAGCAGCCGAGGAGAAGCAAAAGAAGAUACGGCCCAUGUACCUGAAGGACUACGAAAGGAAGGUCAUCUUGGAGAAGGAAGGCAAAUAUAUCGAUGAGGACAAUUCCGAGGAGGAGACCUCCAAUCAGAGACUCCAGCAGAUCUCGUCAAAAAGUUACGUAGAAGAGCAGAAGCAGCUCAAGGAAAGCUUCCGGGCUUUUGUGGAAGACAGCGAGAGUGAGGACAGUGCGGGGGAAGGUGGCUCCGGGUUGCUGCAGAAACGCGCCAAAACCAGGGAGGAGAAGGCCCAGGAGGAUGCGGACUACGUGGAGUGGCUGAAGGGGCAGAAGGAGAUCCACAACACUGACGCCCUGAAAGAGCUGACCCACCUCAAAGAAUAUUGGAACAACCCAGAGCUGGAUGAAGGGGAGCGCUUCCUGCGAGAUUAUAUUCUCAACAAACGCUAUGAGGAGGAGGAGGAAGAGGGCGAGGAGGAGGAAGAGGAGGGGGAGGAGGAAGAAGGGGGCCCCAACCUGCCGGUCCAGCUGGCCGUGGACGAUUCCUCAGAUGAGGGGGAGCUGUUUCUCAAGAAGCAGGAGGACUUCGAGCAUAAGUACAACUUCCGCUUCGAGGAGCCAGACUCGGCUGUGGUCAAGACCUACCCUCGAAGCAUCGCGUCCUCCGUGCGCCGCAAGGACGAGCGCAGGAAGGAGCGGAGAGAGGAGACGCGGGAGCGAAAGAAGAGGGAGAAAGCAAAGAAGCAGGAAGAGCUCAAGCAGCUGAAGAACCUGAAAAGGAAGGAGAUCCUGGCCAAGCUGGAGAGGCUGCGGCAGGUCACGGGCAACGAGACCCUGGGCUUUGAGGAGAAGGACCUCGAGGAGGACUUCGAUCCCACCCAGCACGACCAGCUCAUGCAGGUGUGGCUCCUGCGCCCCGCCCCCUGUGCCCAGACCCCGGCAGGAAGCACUGGAUUCCCAGGUGCUUUCCCGGCUGUGUGGCCUCGGAGAAGUGACUUGAUCUCUCUGAGCGCAUGUCCCCGUCUUACACCCCCCACCCAGGGCUCCAACAGCGGGACCGCACCCCCCCUUCCCAUGCAGAUCCUCGCCGCCGACGACAAGGAGCUGAACCGGUGGUGCUCCCUGAAGAAGACCUGCAUGUACAGGUCUGAGCAGGAGGAGCUGCAGGACAAGAGGGCGUAUGCCCAGAAGGCCCAGAACUCCUGGAAAAAGAGGCAGAUCUUCAAGUCACUUUGCCCAGAGGAGACAGAGACACUCUCGGAAGCUACCGGGAAGCCACAGAGAGACCCAGGCGGCCCUGCGGGGCAGCUGCUGGCACCUGAUGGGGUCCCGAGCCCCCCGGCACAGGAAGAGGCGGGUCCUGGGUCUCCCACCCAGAAGCCAGUCCCGCAGAGGCGGAAGCGGGGCAAGAAGGCGCGUCUCCUGGGCCCCACUGUGACACUUGGUGGACGGGAGUUUAGCCGCCAGAGACUGCAGGCCUUUGGCCUCAACCCCAAACGGCUGCACUUCCGGCAGCUGGGCCGGCAACGGAGGAAGCCCCAGGGUCCCAAGAGCACCCCCUGAGCUCCAGGGAGCAGGCAGGGGCCCUGGGGCUCCUCCCCUCCAGCUGAGCUCGUGGACUGUACAGACCCUGGUGUCUACCUAUGGCCGAAGAAGUCGGGGAGGCAGAGGCCUGUCUAGCAAGCUCCCCCCAGCAUCUCACCUCGAGACACGGCUGGGCCCAGCCACAGCCACAGUCCAGUUAAACGGCUUUAUUAGCCCCCGGCAGCCCCAGUCCUUGGCAGGGUGGGGGCCGUGGGACCAGUGAGGGGCAUGGGUGGUCCAGUGCAAACUACAGUACUUGAGUCAGACCCUGAGUGGGUGUCCAGAAGCCCGCCCUCCCUGCGAUGGCCGGAGGCCCGUUGUUGGAACGGGCCCUGUGCGGAGCUUUCCCGGACUGGUCUCAGCUGCGCUGGUCAAGGGGACGAGGAAGGGGAGCCCCAUCACUUCCCGAGGUCAAGCUCCCACACCCAGCAUCACAAUAAAUAAAAAAAUAAAUAGUGCGCA